AUGUCACAUCCUUUUACACCAGCCAAAUUAAUCCUCGAUGAUUAUGUUCCAAAUACGCAUAGUGGACAGACACUUUUUAUGAUUUUUAUUGCAUUUCAACUCCUGUUAUUCAUUCUACUAUGGCAAUUAACAAAAAAGAGAGAUACACCAUUUUCAUCUUUAAUACAAAUAUUUUGGUUUACAUUCAAUGGUAUUUUACAUUUGAUAUUUCAGGGUUAUUUUGCAUUACAACAUCGUACACUUGUGAGUGAAACGAAUAUAUUUGCUCAAUCAUUGAAACAGUAUGCCGUUGCUGAUAGUCGUUAUGUUACAAAUGAUUUAACUGUUAUUUGUAUUGAAAUACUUCAUGCAUUUCUUCUUGGUCCAUUGUGUAUUUUAACAGCUAUUUUUGUCUAUCGUCAUUCACCAUCUCGCUAUGUAUUAAUAUUAAUUAUAUCGACAUCUCAUUUAUUUGGUUGUAUAAUGUUUUUCUUACAUGAAUAUUUGGAAUCAUUUUCUCAUGUACCACAUGAUAAUCAAAUUUAUUUCUAUGGUUAUUUUAUUGGUAUUAAUAGUAUAUGGUUUGUAUUUCCCAUUUUAUUUAUUAUUAAUUCAUGGAGAAAACUAAGAAGUGCACUUGUUCAACAUGAACAAAUGGGAAGUAUUUAUGAGAAACGGAAACGAAAAUAA